CUUAUCCUGGCACCAAUCCAAGACGUGUGUCGCGCCGUUCGUUGGAUCGUACUCCUACCCCUUCCUAUCGUUCUUCUCACUUACUAGUUUGAAAAAAAGUCAUCUAGUUUUUGUGUUCGGCUUCCAUCAUGUUCAUCUUUUGGCUGAGGCACAUUGUCAAGACAGCCGCAUUUCGAUCGUACAGUCUCCUCUCUGUACUCCUGCGACUGAUCCGACACUGUCAAUCUAUCCUGAAUGGGAAGGAGGAAGACUUUCGUGAACGGCCUGGCGGUUUAACAUUGAGCUCUCGACCAGGGACAAACUUGAACCAACCCGACUCCGAGCCUGCGCCUCCUGUGAGCCUUGCAGUGCCGUUGCUCAAGGCACCUCUACAAAGUCUACACACCCAAGGGUCCCAACCUCAAAUGGACAUUCAGGAUCGUCAGAUGCCAACUCCUGGGCUUCAUGGAGGGUCGAACGAUGCAGCUUUUAACAUGGACUUUCCGCCGAACUCUUCUGCGCCAUCGAGGCUAAGUUCUGCGUCCGAAGCCGGCAUCCUCGAAGUGGGUAUCGCCACGCCGCCACCUCUGGUGGCGCCAGGCCAGACCUUUGAUAUCACUCUCACUCCCAUUACACCCUAUCAGGUCAAACGAUAUCGGAGGGAUGUGCGAGUUAAAAAUGAGUAUGAGCUAUUUUUGAUCGAAAAAGGACCUUUGGAUUGUUCAGAGGAGCUUGCUCCGGUAGCGGAAUGGGACCCACUCACCCAACCAGAAGGGGCUUUGAUCUUCUAUCAGCCAUAUAAAAGAGUUUUCACUGAUGUUGAUGUUCGAGAUCCUGAAACCAUGGUCAAAAUUAACAAAGCUGUCGAGAAGGCGUACCAAGAAGCGCGCAAUGCAAGCAUCCCCUUGGAUCCGUUGGUCGAGCUAGGGUUAGAGCUUAUGGUGGAGAAUGACGAAGAAACAUGGGGCUACUACUUUGUUGACCACAAAAGACGUGUCAUUUUCUGGUUCGAAGACAACAGAUCUCAUUCCCUCAUGAAUUUUGUUCGAGGCGUAGAGCGAAAAAGUCAUAUCAAGUAUGCACUAGAAUCACAGUACUGGACACACAUCGAGUUAUUUCCAAACAGACGCUUCCUUCCGGAUGACAUUGUCGUGGAACUCAAAGAGCUCAUUAUGUUCGCUCAGGCAGACAGUAUCACUUCUCAAACAUCCCUAGUACGUUUUACUUCGGACCAGAUCCCAAGUAUUCUCAGCCUCGUUGAUCUUAUUACAAGUGAGUCGAUCGCUAUUGUGGGGUCGUCGUUGAUUGUCUUUUCAGAGAGUGUUAACAAGAAGAAGCGCGAGCAUUCCGUGUGGAUCACCGCUCGAUUUAUGAAAGAUCUCUGCAAAACAAAGUUUGAAAAUUUCUGCGGACAACCAAGCGCCCGACUUAUUGUAGACCAAUCAUUAUACGAAAAAUCUAACACCUCGCAAAGCAUGUUUUUUUGUGCCCUGAAUGUUAUUUUCUUUGGAUCCCCUGAUGCUCAGAGCAGGGCCUUCCACAAGAUAUUGGUCGAUCGAAAAAUCAUUGAUGUGCGGUGGAAGCAGUACAUGGACAAGCUGAACAGCGACUGGAAUGGAUAUACAAUAUUUUCUACUGUGAUGCUUGCUGUUGAUAUCAGCUUUCUGACAGUCCCAUCCGUCCAGACUCAAACGCUUGCGACCCUUCUAUCUUACAUGUCUACCCUCUGCACCAUGGGCUCGUUAGUGGUUACACUAUUAUUGGUUGCACGAGUUAAUAAAAGACUACGAGGCUCUAAUACAGCCGUGGCUUCUUUCCUAAUAGAACUGGCGGAUCCCACACUCGACAUCGAAAACUUUCCGCUUAUGCUUAGUCUACCGUUCGGAUUUCUUGUUUGGGGAAUAGCAUUCUUUGCUGCAGCACUGUCUGUCGUGAUUUUCAACAACACUUCUGUGACUGUCGUCAUGAUUGCGGUUCCGAUGUGGGUAUCCAUAGUCACUCUAGCGGUAUGGCCCAUAGUGGCUGCAAAUCGUAUGCACAUCACGUCCGUCUGCAUGCGGCUUUACAUGUGGUACUGGAACACAAGCCAGUUCAUUAUCUACCUGUGGCACCAGCUUUACACGUGGUGCUGGAUCACAGGACAGCACACCUCUCGCCUGUGGAACAGGGUCAUAGAACAAGUGUCACCUACGGCUACUACCCCCUCUCAUGUCUAAUUUGUAUGGUCUGUGAUUGCAGAGGAGUUUCUGUAGCACGUGCAACUUUAUAGCGAUUUAUGCCAUACCCUUUUCCUCUCGAAUAUCUAUACACAGGAUGUAAUGUAAAUAUCAGCUCCGGGUUUAUUGCUC